GCCGCACCCCCGCUUUCUCUCCCCUCUCCUUUUAUUAUCAUUAUUACUAUUAUUUAUUAUCGCUGCUUCCAAGCUCCCUGCCCAGCCCCCGGGCGUCCCGUCCCUCCGCCCCCGCCCCGCGCCCCUCCGCCGCCCCUCCCUCCGCAGCCACCACCCCGCAGCCCUGCCGCGGUCCCGCCAGCAGCGGCGCGGCGAGCGGGGCGCGGAGCGGCGGCGCCGGGGCGCGGAGUCCCAGCGGCGGCCGCAGCCCUCCGGCACGGCCCCGGGCCCAUCCCGGGAGCCGCCGCUAGGUGGGGGGGGGAGCCCGGCCCCGGCCGCCCCGGCCGCACAACAAUGACUUUGGGCAGCAGCGGCGGCGGCGGCUGCGGGAUCAUGUCCGAGCGCUCCCCGGAGGAAGAGCCGCUCUCCGAGGUGGAGGACGCGGAUAUCGACGUGGUGGGCCCGCCCCAGGAUGGGGGCAAGUACAGCGAGGACGAGGAGGAGGACGACGACGACGAGGAAGAGGAGGACGAGGAGGACGGCGGCGAUCCGCUGGGGCUCGCCCUGCCGCGGAGCGGGGCCGCCAAGGCGCGCAUGGGGGGGUCCCCGGAACGGCUCUCCCCCGCCGGCGGCUCGGAGCCGGCGUGCGCCCGCGGCGCCGCGCCCGGGGAGAAGGCGCCCGCGGGCGGCGGCGGCGGCGGCGGCGCGGUGGGGAAGAACCCGCUGGUGAAGCCGCCCUACUCCUACAUCGCCCUCAUCACCAUGGCCAUCCUGCAGAGCCCCAAGAAGCGGCUGACGCUGAGCGAGAUCUGCGAGUUCAUCAGCGGGCGCUUCCCCUACUACCGGGAGAAGUUCCCCGCCUGGCAGAACAGCAUCCGCCACAACCUCUCCCUCAACGACUGCUUCGUCAAGAUCCCCCGGGAGCCCGGCAACCCGGGCAAGGGCAACUACUGGACGCUGGACCCCGAGUCCGCCGACAUGUUCGACAACGGGAGCUUCCUGCGCCGGAGGAAGCGCUUCAAGCGGCAGCAGCAGCUGCACCCGCCGCACCCGGAGCUGCUGCUGCGGGCCGGGGCCGCCGACGCCGCCGCCUUCCUGCCCGGCUUCGCCUACGGACCCUACGGCUACAACUACGGCCUGCAGCUCCAGGUACCCCCCGCACCACCACCACCACCACCACCCCGGCGGCGGAGGCGGCGGCGGCGCCGCGGCGCCUUCCCCUUCCCGGCGCCGCACUGCCCGUUACCGGCUCCGCCGCCUCCCGCCGCCGCCUCCGUCUUCUCGGCCGCCUCGGGGCUGCCCUCCUUCCUGGGCGGCGAGCUGAACUGCAGGAAGUCCUUCUACCACCCCCAGCUGAGCCCCACCGCCCUGCCCGCCGCCCUCCUCCAGACCCUGAAGCCGGACCCCACGCCCGCCGGCGGCGGCGGCGGCACCAACCACCCCUCCCGGCCCUCAUUUUCCAUAGACAACAUCAUCGGGGGGGCCGUGCCCCCGCCGCCCAGCACCAACCCCAGCGCCGCGCCCGCCGCGCCCUACCCCGCCGGCCAGGCGGGCCCCCCGGCGCAGGUCCUGGCCGUGCUCAGCCCCGCCUUGGCCCCGGCACAGCCCCAGGUCAGCCUGGCACACGAGCCCCUCCUGCAGCCGGCCCAGAACUUUUCCAGUAAAAUCACAACCCUGAGCAGCUGUCAUUUUUAAAGUGUGCUGGGGGGGGUGGGGGGGGGGGGGAGAGUCGCGAAGCAAACGGCCCCUUCCCAGCUCUCCCCCCUCCUCCGAAACUGCUCCCCUUCCCUCUCCCCGUCCCCCCACAAUCUCCUCCUGUUGUGUUUUAAGGUAGGAAAUAUUUCUUUUUUUUUUUUUUUUUUUUUUUUUAAUUUUUACUUUAUUUCCAGGCUCUGUGGCAUCCAGAUCUGUUUGUGUCUCCUUGCUCGGGAAGAAAAAAAAAUAAAUAAAUCGGGAUGGCGGGAGGGGGAAAGGAAUAACAGGAGCUCGUCCCGCAAGCGCCAAAGCGUAUUUAUAGUGGCCGUAACAUAAGCUGGGACCUGGGCUGGUUGAACACGCAACGUCUUGCGGGAGGUGAGGGAGGGGAUGUUAAGAAAGAAACGGUCUUAGGGUCGGAAAUGUUUCCUUUGAGAGGUGCGGGUUUGCCGCGGGGGUCCCCCAAAUCGCCCGGGAAGGCGGCCAGGGGAGUCGCAGCCGCCCCCGGUCGCAGCGAGCCCGUUUUAAUUCCUGCAAAUCUGUCUCCCGGGCGGUUUUGCCAUGUGUGUCUGUCUCUCCCCUACUCUCAAAGAAAAUGUUUUAAUGGCUCGAUCUUAUUUUUAGUUUCUUUGAAGCUUCGGGUUUGGUUUUAAAAGGCACUGUUUAGGGUUUCUUUAUGUUUAAGAAGAAAAAAGUCAGUGAAACUCAGGACUGCGGUUUAUUUUUUUCCUUUUUUUUUUUUUUUUUUUCCCCCUCAAUGAAGGAUUCAAAUGCACGUUUAAAAGAAAAUCCGAUCCGUAAGGAAGUUUGGAGAAUUCCCACACCGGUGUGUUUUUUUUUUUUAAUCCCCCGUUUUCCCACCCCCUCCGUGCGUGGGUUUUUUGGUGUAUUGGUAAUUAUUUGUAUAUAGAUUAUUCGGGAGCUAAUGAGCGGAGUCCAGUUAACUCUUCACUGGUUGUGCAUCCGUCAUAUCUAUUUUAUUGAGAGAAUCUGUGAAUAAUUUGAUGUGGAAAAGGCAACAGAAUUUUGUCCACCGUUGGUGUAAAUUAAUAAAUGUUUGUGACCUGGUUAAAAAAAUAAUAAUAAUAAUCCCGAUCGUUCUUUGAGAUGUCCUUUGUCACGCUGAGAGUCCAGAGCCGCGCUCGGGCCUCGGGGAAGCGAGUGCCUCCCGCCUCGGGCUGGCGACGCUCGGCCGCUCGCGGAGUUUCGCCGCCCGAAGCCGGCGGGGCCGAGCCCUCCGUCCCCUCCGCGCCGCGGCCGGGCGCGCAGCCUGCGCGGGGCCGCGCCGCGCCGCGCCGCCUCCCUUCCCCCCGCCGCAGGCUGCCGCACAGGCGGGGUGCGGGGGGGGCCCGCCUCGGGUCCAGGGGCCGGCAAGGGAAAGGACCCUCCGGAAUUUUUUUGUUGUUGUUAAUUUUAUUUUUUAUUUCUUUGUUUGCUUUUUGGUUGG